GCUCUAAGUGGCUGACUGGGGGGCGGCCCCUUCCCCAUUGGGGCUCCUGGCAGAGGACGCGUGACAGCUCGUUCGGCUGCGCCUGGGCGCUAGGCUGGGCGCUAGCCGAGGCUCGUUGCUGUGGGGACUCGCCUGUCAUGGAGGAGCUGGAUGGGGCGCGGGGCGCGGCGGAGGCUUCCCGGUGAAGGCGGCUCCGGGCAGAGGGAGCCGGCGGGGCGCCCGCGCCUGGGGAAGGUAGCUCGGAGCCUGUUCUGGGCGGGCGGGGUCCCUGGGCCCCAGCCGACAAGGAGGCAGAGAUAACACAGAUCUAAGAAAAGGGUGUGGGUCUUCUGUUUGGACUCUGUAGUUCCAGUAGUCCCAUUAUCUGGUUCGCUGAAGGAUAAAAGCGGCACAGACUAAAUGGAUCUAAAGACAGCAGUGUUCAAUGCAGCUCGUGAUGGCAAACUGCGGCUCCUUGCAAAGUUACUGGCAAACAAAACUAAAGAAGAGGUGGCCUUGUUGAUGUCUGAAAAAACUAGUGGUGCUACACCACUUUUGAUGGCAGCCCGUUAUGGACACCUUGAUAUGGUGGAAUACUUGCUGGAGCAUUGCUGUGCUUCUAUAGAAGUUGGUGGCUCAGUGAAUUUUGAUGGUGAGACCAUCGAGGGGGCUCCUCCAUUAUGGGCAGCUUCUGCUGCUGGUCAUUUGAAGGUAGUCCAAUGUCUGUUAGAUCAUGGAGCAUCUGUCAACAACACAACACUGACAAAUUCAACCCCACUUAGGGCAGCCUGUUUUGAUGGGCACCUGGAAAUAGUAAAGUACCUUGUGGAGCAUAAAGCUGAUUUGGAAGUAUCAAACCGACAUGGGCAUACAUGCCUGAUGAUCUCAUGUUACAAAGGACACAAAGAAAUUGCUCAGUAUUUGCUUGAAAAAGGCGCUGAUGUUAAUAGAAAAAGUGUUAAAGGAAAUACUGCAUUACAUGACUGUGCAGAAUCUGGAAGCUUGGACAUCAUGAAGAUGCUUCUUAAAUACUGUGCAAAGAUGGAAAAAGAUGGCUAUGGAAUGACUCCCCUUCUGUCAGCCAGUGUGACAGGUCAUACAAAUAUUGUGGACUUCCUGACACAGCAUGUACAGACCAGUAAGGCAGAACGUAUUAAUGCUUUGGAGCUUUUAGGAGCAACAUUUGUGGACAAAAAAAGAGAUCUGCUUGGUGCUUUGAAAUACUGGAAAAGAGCUAUGGACAUGAGGUACAGUGACAGGACUAAUAUCCUCAGCAAACCUGUGCCACAAACACUAAUUAUGGCUUAUGACUAUGCCAAGGAGGUGAAUAGUGCAGAAGAGCUAGAAAAUCUUAUUGCAGACCCUGAUGAGAUGAGAAUGCAAGCGCUGUUAAUUAGAGAACGUAUUCUUGGUCCUUCUCACCCAGAUACAUCUUAUUAUAUUAGGUACAGAGGUGCCGUCUAUGCAGACUCUGGAAAUUUUAAACGAUGCAUCAACCUAUGGAAAUAUGCGUUGGACAUGCAGCAAAGCAAUUUAGACCCCCUGAGCCCUAUGACAGCCAGCAGUUUACUAUCAUUUGCGGAACUCUUUUCCUUCAUGCUACAGGAUAGGGCAAAAGGCCUCCUAGGCACCACUGUUACAUUUGAUGAUCUUAUGGGAAUACUGUGCAAAAGUGUCCUCGAAAUAGAUCGGGCUAUCAAACAAACUCAGUGUCCACCUGACCAAAUACAGCUGAACAAAGCUCUUUCUAUCAUUUUGCAUUUAAUUUGCUUGCUGGAAAAAGUUCCUUGCAGUCCAGAACAAGACCAUUUUAAAAAGCAGACUAUUUACAGGUUUCUUAAACUGCAGCCUAGAGGAAAGAAUAACUUCAGCCCACUUCAUCUUGCUGUUGAUAAGAAUACUACAUGUGUGGGUCGUUACCCUGUUUGCAAAUUCCCCUCUCUACAAGUUACUGCUAUACUGGUGGAAUGUGGUGCUGAUGUAAAUGUCAGAGACUCUGAUGAUAACAGCCCCUUGCACAUUGCUGCACUGAACAACCAUCCAGACAUCAUGAAUCUUCUUAUCAAGUCAGGUUCACACUUUGACACCACAAACUUGCAUAAACAAACUGCUAGUGACUUGCUGGAUGAGAAGGAAAUGGCAAAAAAUUUGAUCCAGCCCAUAAAUCAUACUACAUUGCAGUGUCUUGCUGCUCGUGUUAUAGUGAAUCAUAGCAUAUGUUAUAAAGGGCACGUCCCUGAAAAGCUAGAGAACUUUGUGUUGCUCCAUAGAUGAUAGUGUGACAAUUGUUGAAGCACGAGUUGGUGACGUUGCUUUCUAAAGCACUGUUGUGAUACACCAGCGUUCAUUUAGCUUGACCUAUCGUGUUCUCAUUGGCUAAAGAAUCAUUAGCAUCAGAUCUGCAGAAUUGGCUACCCAGUAUUUAAUAUGAAUAUGCCAUAUAAUAUAUUUUGUGGAUUAUUUAGAAAUGUAAUGCCAUAUUUAGACUCUCUCUUAAAAUUGUCUGCCAAAGGCUUGUCUACUCUGGUUUUAUUUGCCUGUUGGGUGUUUGGGACUGAGAUUAAUAUUUUUCACUGGUGUCUUUUUACUAUUACUGGUAUGUGGAUUUUAUACAGUUGGAAGGUCAUCUUUUUUUGUUUUUGCUUGUGCAUUUCUACUCAAAUUCUGUUUUUUCUAUGAACUCAUUGCUAAACUGAACAAGUUGUAUGGACUUGUUAACAUUUGCAAUUACCAUAAGUGCUUUAUCUUCUCUAUGCACUGGCUUAAACAUGACUGUUGUGUGUUAGCAUAUUUCUAUGCAGCAGUUGGCCAACUUCAGCUCAAACAGCAUUUUUUUUUGCAGUUUUAUGGAGCUUUUUCUGAGAACACUUCCUUCACAGCAUGACAAUUUUUGGAGCUACGUGUCAAUUGUCCAAACUUUUUGGGUUGACUUCUAUUCUAGCUGUAUCUGAGGUUGCUUUCUCUUAGUCCUCUGGAAAUACGUGCUAAAUUUGGGAGAAAAAUCUAUUCUUGUUGUCUUGGUAACCCAGUUGAAAUUUAAGUCUAAGUCAUUCUGAUGCAUCAUGCAGCAAAGGGAAGAGUCUUUAUCAUGUACAUCUGACUUUUUCCCUCUGCACUAAUGUCUUGUUUGUGCUGAUUGUGUGACUAGAUGUAGAGAGUUUGCUCAAAUUUUUAACCUCAAACUUAAUAAUACACUUGAAUAAGAAAUUGAAUGUAUGCAGUAGUCUGAAAUUACAAAUCAACUUCCUUACCUACAAAAGGAACUAAAGCAUGUUGGUGGCAUGAUACUUGUCAAACCAGGUUUAGACAUCUAGUAUAAUUAUAUUACCUUGGCAGAGAGCCACUCAUAAUGUAUCAAAAAUUCCAUAGCAGUGUCCCUUUCCUUCAUUUUAAAUAUACCCUUUUAGAUAAUUUGCAUGCAUUUUUCACUUCUCGUAUUGUCAGCCAUACUUUAAACACCAGAGGUUGUGGUGUGUACAUAGCGUCUAUUGAAAGUUACCUAUUUUUAUAAUAUUUGCACAACAGCUUAGCUAUCUCAGCAGAAAGGGCUCUUUCAACUUGAUUAGAAAUCUGCAAGUGAAGAUUCUAAAUGAGUAAGAUUCAGGUAAUUAAUAUAAUUCAGCACUUUAUUGUUGAUUCAGAGUAAAACUUAUUCUGGCACAUUAGCCCUACAAAUGUUUUUAAAAUGUUCUCAAGAGAAAAAAUUAUUUUGGGUUGAGUAGAGUACAACUUACUGCCAGUUCAAUGGUCAAGCACAGUGGAUGUCAUUUGACUUGGCAUUUCUUUUCAGUGAUGGUCAGUAACCAUACUUAAUGGUUUUUUUUAACUCCAGAAAUUCAGUGGGUUUAUCUGGACUUUCAUCAGAUUAUGAACUUGCAAAGAUAAUAGCAGAGGAAUUUCAAAAGCCAAAUUAAUGAAAUUUAUGAAGGUGACUUGAACUUAGUGGUUAUAGUUUUUUAAUUUGAUUUUAUAAUAUUUUUGUCUUUGAUUGUGAAUUGCAUUGGUGAUGAGCAUACCUUUUGACUGUGUGUAAAAAGGCAGUGCUUUCCUUACCUUUUGGCUGUUUAGGUAUUCUCUCUCUCUUUCUCUUAGCUUGUGAUGGAAAGUGAAGCGGAGUGGCUGAGUCACCUUCAAAUCUUGAUGACUUUUAAACAGCCAGCAGUCAUGUCAGAAGCACUGUCGUUUAUACAUAUUUCAAAGUUUGAAAACUGCAUAAAAUAUAUUGAAACAACUUUCUAUCUUUUGUCCCAUGGCACAUUUGCAUUGUUUGUAUGAAAAGCAAAGUAUGAGUUAACUUAAUUUCACAAGGAUACGAGUAAAUUUCUAUUCAAUUAUCUAAAUUUCUUUGAUUUAUAAUUAUUAAAACACAUGCUACACCAAUUGUUGAUCGUAAGAACAAGUUUCAUUACUUCAGUUUCUUCUUUUCAACAUUCUUCCUCUUUCGCUUACCAUUCUGCAAGAAGAUUUAAUUAAUAAUCACCACCACACUGUAGGAAUGAGCCACAAUGUGUUUGGAGCUCCAACAUAGAUAGUAGAAAAAGGGAUUCUAGAACAUUUUUUUUUGUAUUCUAGAAUCUGUGCUGCUCUUCAUUGUUAAUAAUUUAAAUUUCUAACUUUAAAUGGGAUAAUAGAUAGCUAUACUUAUUUGGUUGGACAAUUUUCUCCAAGAGUUUUACCUUUGAGAGUCCAGAACUGUGAUUUUUAAAAACAACAGGAAUACUGUGCUGCUACUCUGGUGCUAGCAAAAUUUCUGAAUUAAAAAACGUACCCAUGAAUUUUCUGGCUACAAAAACCUUAGGGAACAGAUCACUUUCUUUAAAUAGUGAUCCAAUGAAGAUUGCCAAGUCUUAGUAUGAAAGUUUAUUCUACUGUUUGUUUUUAAAGAAAUGUAUGCAAAUAUCGUAAAGUAUGGGAGGGACUAAUCUCCUGUGCAUGUUUUCCCUGUAUACCUACCAAUGUACCUCUAUCCUGACCUACAGCACCUCUGUUGUUCUGAAUUUUGCAUUUGUAAUGGGAUGAGGCCACCUAAUGAACUUUUAUGAUCUCCAGGUAUUUAAACCUAGGCUUCCAGAAGGUAAUGGCUGGCACAUUUAAACCUGUCUGCCACUUAGCCGCCAACGUUCACAUUACCUUUCUUAAUUUUUAUUUCACUUCCAAAUUAAAGCAGUCCAGACUCCAUUGGAAGGUAGUAAGUUAGGGUGCUGUGGGCUUUCAUUGAGUUUGUAAAUGAGGCUCUAAAUUUAGCUGUCCACCACCUGAAACAAGGUUCUGAUUACUUUUGUUCUUGGUCAUGUUGCUCCUUUAAUGCUGUGAAUGGAGUUAUCCUAGUACAACACAGGGAUGCAAAAAUGAAGCAGCACUGUUAGCUGAAACUGAAGCAUGCUAAGGAACUAAAGGACCUUCAGAACAUGAUGAAUUAUUUUCUCUUCUCCUUUCUGUCAUUAUUUACUUAACACCCUCUUUCCCCUUCCCUCUGUUAUCUUCCUGUUACAUAUUUCUGUAACUGGAAUGUACAGUUCCAGAGGUACCAACCCAGUGCCACACAUGUCAAGGACAUUAUAUACAACCGUAUGCAUUUUUGGGGUACAACACAUUUUUAAAGUAUUUAAACAAUCUACAGCAUGUUCCUAAGAAGAUGGAAUACCGAUACCGCUAAGAGGCCUGCUUGUUGAGAGAUGUGAAGGUGGAUUUUUUAAUACAUAUAUGCACGUGCGCACACACACUCAAAGGAUUUUUUUUUUUUGUUCUUCAUCCCACUCAGAGUUUUCAUUGGAAUACUUCAGCCAGGGAGAUGAAAAUUACAGUGGUAUAAAAUGAAACUUUCUUCUUCUCCCUCAGAAUGUUACAGUAAAAUUUAUAUUUCUCUCUGUUGCCAUCCUAAUAGCAAGUACUCUCCAUAUGUUUGUGCUAUCUUUGGUGGUUCUGACUGCAGUAGUGCACAAAGUAAAGAUACUUUUUAAAGUAUGAGUGUGAUGGUGUUUCAGCAAAUGCAAAAGGUAGGCUUUCUGACAUUCAAAUUCUAAUUUUAAGUCAAUAUCGUGUCUGUGAAAGGGGCUGAACUGAGAGCCAUCUGUUAUCUGCAGAUUAAGUACAGCAGUACUAAUGUAAGUUUUCCCUCUGUUCCAGCACUAAACAUCCUUCCUGAACUGGAGGACCAAAAUUUUUGAGGGAAAGGGUAAUUUUUUAGUCUUCAUCAGUACUCAAUCCUUAGUGUCUCAGAUAGCAUUUUAAAUGCUUUUGUUGUGAUACAGACAUCCAUUCUCUAGCCACUUAAAUGAGACAGUCAACUCAUUUUAAAAUGGGAUGAACAUAAAUUAUUUCCAUUUUUUUUAAAAGCUAUUUAAAAAAGGAAUGGAAUGUCCUGGCAGACUUUAUACAAAAGGAUAAAAUCCUUAUUGGGAAAAACAUCUGAUUUUCAUAUCAAUUGCAAAGUAAUAGUGGCUGUGUAUGUGACUACUUUAUGCUGCAAAUUUCAUUAAAUGAUAUUUCAAAUGGAAGGAGUAGAACGCUGACUAGAUUAUGUAAUUUUGACAAGUGAAUAUGAAGACAUUGUACUAAUGUUGAUCAUCUUUACUGUAAAGUCAAUUGACAGGGCAUGGUAAUUGGUAUUACAAAGUAAUUUUUUGGGAAAAGAGUUGAUGGCAGUACAUUUGAAAUGAGGGGAAGAGAUAAUCUGAUGUAGUUUGAAGGACACUAUUUUAUACUGUACAAAUCCUUUGGCUUCUGUAAACGUGAAAAUAACUGUUGUAUGGAUUUGGACCCUUCGCUGAUGGCAAAGUGGAAAAGUGAUUGUUUACCUGAUUUUUAACUCAUUUUGUAUAAACGUCCCAUCAUGUCACAGACUUCCUAUGCAGGGCUAGCUCAGUGUAUUGAAAUACUGCAAUUUCUUUUUUACAUGAAGUAAUUAAGCUUUAAUAGAAAUGUAAAAAAGGGAUAACAAACUUUUCUCUGCUCUUAAUCUCUUUAGGCUCCAAAAUGCAAAUUAAAUUAAAAUUGUUUUGGAGAACAACUG